AUGGACGAGGAAACGGUCCAGCCGAUCCCCAACCUCAAGGUGCAGCAGCACCUCUUCCUGCUUGUACAUCAUUCCAAACACCGUGCGUCGUCAGAGACCCAAGCUUCGCAGAAGGCCCUUUUGGAAGGUAUCGAGAAGGAUGAGAUGGCACCAUACUAUCAGCUGAUCCUGAACGAUGCUUCACUCAAGGGGCUGUUGAAGGAGGACAAAUGUUUGCUUAAACGACUUGAGGCAAAGAACAAGGAGGAGUUGCAGAAGCUGGACGAGAAGCAAAAGGAAGUUGAAGAGAACGAGGGGGAGAUGGAAAUUAACGGAGUCUUGCGUCAACGCGCUGCAUAUCAUGCAAAGAUUGGCGACAAAGAGAAGGCAUUGGAAGCACACAACUUGGCCGUCUGGAAAGGUGCAGGGCUUGGGUCGAAACUUGAUUUGACGCUCACUAAGGUGCGGAUCGGUCUCUUCUUUGGUGACACGGAUGUUGUGGCAACGUCGAUCGCUGAAGCCAAGAAGCUUGUCGAGGAGGGAGGUGAUUGGGAGCGCAGAAACCGACUCAAGGUAUAUGAGGGCUUGCACCUGCUCUCCAUCCGCGACUUUAAGGCGGGCGGAGAGCUUUUCCUCGACGCUCUCAGCACAUUCACAGCGACCGAGCUAAUCGACUACAAGGACUUUAUCACAUUGACCGUGCUCGCUAACGCACUCACACUCAAGCGAACCGACCUGAAGAAGAAGAUCAUCGACUCGCCCGAGGUGCUGCAAGUAAUUGACGAGAUCCCACAUCUUCGCUCGUUUGUCACCAGCUUGUAUGCUUGCGAGUACGGCAACUUCUUCCGCGCGCUUGCCGAGGUGGAGCAGGCGCACAUCCUCACAUCGCGUGCUCUUCACCAGCACGCGCGAUACUACGUGCGUGAGAUGCGCAUCAUCGCCUACUCGCAGCUUCUUGAAUCGUAUCAAUCGCUCUCGAUCGACAACAUGGCUACUGCAUUCGGCGUUUCAGGCGACUUCAUCGACAGCGAGUUGUCGAGGUUCAUCUCGUCAGGUCGAUUGCCAGCGGUGAUUGACAAGGUGCAUGGUAUUGUCGAGACGCGCCGACCAGACCACAAGAACGCACAAUACACCAAGAUCAUCAAGGAAGGAGAUGUCUUGCUCAACUCGUUGCAGAAGCUCUCACGCACCGCCUUGUAG